UAGAACAUUGUUGUAUUGGUAUAAAUAUAUGUUAUACCAAUACAACAUCUUAACGUUUCUCCUAUAGGCUACAGUACCUCCUAAAAGAAAUAGAUGAUGACACGCUCUUCUACCCUAGAAGACUUGCUUUCUUCCCUGCCUAGAGAGGAAGGUAUCAAUUCAGCCUACAGCUAUCAAUACCAAGGGUUCUGGUAUGGUCCAACACUUUUGCAGGGUUUAAUUGACUGUCAACAGCAUUUUCAUGCACACGAAAAUGAUGUCUUUCUUGUAACCUCCCCAAAAUCUGGAACUACCUGGUUGAAAGCCAUCCUCUAUGCUUUAAUCAAUCGUGAAGCCUGUAGUCCUCAAGAUCCUCAUCACCCUUUGCUUCAAAAAACUCCACACCAGCUUGUUCCUUUUCUGGAACUACUUAAGCCAUCUGAUUAUGACUUCGUCUCCAACUCCUCAGACAAUAGCAUCUCUAGGAUAUUUGCAUGUCAUAUUCCAACAGCUAGCCUCCCUAUAUCCAUAAGAGAGGCUGGCAAAAUAGUGUACUUGUGCAGGGACAUUAAGGACACUUUUGUUUCACACUUUCACUUUUCCAACGAGGCCAAUGUUCGUCCCUCCCCCAUUUCCUUAGAAAAUGCCUUUGAUUUGUUCUGCAAAGGAACAAGUCUAGCUGGACCUGUUUGGGAUCAUAUCCUCGGAUACUGGAAGGAAAGCCUGGAAAGACCAGACAAGGUGCUGUUCAUGAGCUAUGAACAGAUAACGGAUGAACCUCAUGUUCAGUUGAGGUGUCUUGCCCAUUUUCUUGGAAAGCCUUUUUCCCAGGAGGAAGAGAGUUCAGGUCUGCUUGAUCAAAUCAUCAAGUUGUGUAGUUUUAAAAGUAUGAGCAAACAAGAGGUUAAUAAGACUGGGAAUUUCUUUGGUGAAGUCAAAAACAAUUUGUUUUUUAGGAGUGGUGUGGUUGGCGACUGGAAAAAUUGUUUAACAGCGGAGAUGGCUUCUAAGCUGGAUCAGAUCACCGAAGAAAAGUUUCAUGGUUCUGGAUUAUAUUUGACAUGAUGCUGCCAACUCUAUAUAUUGAUUUUAAGUAGCUGUGUUUUUAUCAUAUUUGUAGCUGAACCACCCUGCUUGUUCUGCCUCUAGUCUGUUCUAUCUAAUUUGUGGUUUAAUAAGAGAAUUUUGAUAGUCAAGAUGUUUCAGUAUCUCCUACAGAUCA